GUCCUGUAUAUUUUACUUCGUGACUACAACUCUAUGCAGCAAGCAUAGAUAGUAUAUAAUAUAUAUUCAUGGGUAUACUAUAUAUGUUUACAUUAUCUAUGGCAGCAACUUGAUAGGUAUUUGAUUCUCGAUUAAUAUUUAAUACCAAUUUUGAUUAGUUAAAUGAUUAUGCGUACCGCAUCGUUUAAUUAGAAAAACCAUACUCUUUUAUUUUUCGUCUUAUCAAACGAUCUUUGUCGUUGUUUUGUAUAAUUGUGUAUAGUUUUGUGAAUGACGAACGUGUUUUCUAAUGGACAAGAAUGAAGUUCAAAAUUAUUACCAAAAUGCAUCACGUUUGGCCACAAUCAUUCAAAGUAUCAUACCAAAAAAUAGGUACAUACUCGUUCACAAUUAAUAUUCUACAAAAUUUGAUAUUUAAAAAUAACGCACAUGUUCAUUUAAUAUUUUUCCUUUUAGAUCAAAAGUCUUGAAAUGGAAUGGUUGGGGUUACAAGGAUUCAAAAUUUAAAGUCACCGAUGAAGGAAUGAUUCGUUUUACCGGCAAGAGGUAAACACAGUGUUUUAUUUGACAAUUUGUAAAUUUGAUUUUUGAUUGUAUUCACAUUUGAUAUUGUGUAAUUGUUUUCAAACAGGUAUUCCAUUGGAGAAACAGACUUGCCUUUUUUGACCCAAUGGGUCAAACACGUCUUAAAUAUCGACCUGACUGUGAGAAAUGUGCCCAGAGAAAAAUUUAGUCCUCAAGAGAUACCGCCUGCUCAUGUUCCAAUAGGUAAGAAAUUACUUCACAAAUUAAGAAUUAUUAUAAUAUUUAAUUAUUUUUCCAGAUUUUUUAAACGACUUAAAAGAAACUAAAAUCGAUUAUACAAUGGAUAGCCUUGCUAGACUAUCACGAUCCCACGGCCAAACGCUUUAUGAUAUUUAUUCCCUCCGACACGGUAAAUGUUUUCCUCGGAUUUCUGAUAUCGUUGUCUGGCCUGGUAUAUAUAUAUAUAUAUAUUUUUUUUUAAUGUUUUUAUCUAUUAUUAUGUGAAAAUACUUUUUUAUUUUACUUUGGCAUAGUAAGUCACGAGGACGUAAUACAGAUAGUCAAAAUAGUCAAUAAACAUAAUAUUGUUAUUAUUCCAUUUGGUGGCGGAACUAGUGUAUCUGGAGCGGUGUCCUGUCCCAAAGAUGAAAAACGAUGCAUAGUUAGCGUAGAUACUUCGCAAAUGGUAAAUUAUUUAUUUAUUUUCAACAAUAAUUGUUUUAAAGUUAGAACAUUUUAAAUUUUGUUUUAUGAGUCUACAUUUAAUUAAGUCAUAAAAUUGUUUCAAAAUGCUUAAAUAAAAAUAACAUUAAACUUAAUUGUAUUAAAAUGGAUGUGCUUUAAUAACAUUAAGAUUAUGAUUUAGUGUCUGUGAACAAAAUUUUGCAUUGCUUUGAAAUAAUAGUAUUUAAUUCUCUGUAGAUUUACCUUUUUAGAUUGAAUUUUAUUCCAUAUAACGCAUAAUAAAAAUUCCUACACUUUAUUUAGUUAAACACUACCACUAACUAUAAAACAUUAUUUGUUUUCAGAACCGUUUAAUGUGGUUGGAUGAAUCAAACUUAUUAGUGUGUUUUGAAGCUGGAGUCAUAGGUCAAGAUUUAGAACGUGAGCUACACAAACGAGGUUAUACAUGUGGACACGAACCCGACUCUUACGAGUUCUCUAGGUAUUCAUUGACAUAAAAAAAAACUCGAGUAGCCUUUGUAGCAAUCGUUAAAGUAGUAAGUUUCCUUUUUAAUUGAAUUUACUAUUAAGUAUUUAACGUUAUUAUUAUUAUUAUUUUGAUUAGUUGAUUUAAAUUUUGCAUGUGUGUGGUAAUAUUUUUAUUUAAUUAUCAGAAUUUUUAGCAUUUAACUUGCAUGUGUACAUUUAUAAUUAGUUUCUAGUUUAUUUUUCUAUCUUAUAACUCAGUUUAGGAGGUUGGGUCGCUACUAGAGCGUCAGGCAUGAAGAAAAAUGUCUAUGGAAAUAUUGAAGAUUUAGUUAUUGAUGCAAAAAUGGUCACUUCCAGAGGAGUGAUAGAAAAAAAAAGUAUGGCCCCAAGAAUGUCAAGUGGACCAGACUUUCAACAAAUUGUUUUGGGGUCUGAAGGUUUGUUGUUUUCCUUUUUCACAUUACCUAUUUUAAAGUUUUUUACUUAUUUUUUUGUAUUUCAGGUACACUAGGUAUAAUUACUGAAGUUGUACUGAAAAUUAGACCAAUUCCAGAAUGCCGAGUUUAUGAUUCUGUGGUUUUUCCUAAUUUUGAAUCUGGAGUAAACUGUAUGAGAGAAGUUGCUAAACAAGUAUGUUAUUUUAGCAGUAAACAAUUAAAUUAUUAAAUUAUAGUUCUAUCAAAUAAUAAUAUUACUAAAAUCUAUGUAGAGGUGUCAACCCGUAUCCAUAAGGUUAAUGGACAACACACAGUUCAGAUUCGGCGAGGCUCUACGUCCUGUCGAAAAUAUUUUUGGAAGUUUUUUAGAAUCUUUUAAAAAGAGUUACUUGACUUUUGUUCACGGUUUUCAAUUAGAUUCUAUAUGCGUCAUGACUCUUCUUUUUGAAGGUGAUUGUUUUUCAAUUAAUUCUUUUUUGUAUUAUAAUAUUAUAUUUUUCUCUAGGUAAAAAGUCUGAAGUAGUUUCACAUAAAAAUCGCAUUGCUAAAAUUGCUAUGUCUUUUGGUGGUGUGACAGCUGGUGAAAGAAACGGAGAACGUGGUUAUAUGUUAACAUUUGUUAUAGCUUACAUACGUGUAAGAAGUAAACUUUAAUUUUGUUUAUAAAUGUGAUAUUAAUAGAGAAAAUGUUUAGGAUCUAGCGUUAGAGUACAGAGUUGUUGCCGAAUCAUUUGAAACAUCAGUGACAUGGGAUAAAACUCUGAGCUUAUGCGACAACGUUAAAAAAACUGUAGCGAUCCAGUGCAACAGUAAGUUAACAUUAAACAGGCCUUUGUAUUAUAAUACUUUAUUUGUAUUUUUUUAGAACUGAAUAUCAAAUAUUAUUUGAUCAGCUGCCGCAUCACGCAGACAUAUGAUUCUGGUUGUUGCGUGUAUUUUUAUUUUGGUUUCAAUUGGACUGGUCUAGAUAAUCCAGUGUUGAUUUAUCAUCGUAUCGAAACCGUAGCACGGGACACCAUUAUGGCUUCUGGAGGUUCAAUAUCUCAUCAUCAUGGUGUAGGCAAGCUCAGAGCGCAUUGGUAUGAAAAAUAUACAUCCGAAACUGUACUUACACUUUAUAAUACAUCUAAAAAGAUACUAGACCCAAAAAAUGUCUUCGCAAAUGGCAAUCUUAUUAGUGUUCCUCGAUCCAAAUUAUGAUUGGUCGUUUAAAUAAAUUCUAGUCACGUUUUAGUUUGUAAAAAUCAAAUUGACGAUUCGAAAAUAUAAUAUAAUAUAAUUUUUAUAUAUUAAUGAUGAUACAUAUUAUUUUUAUUUUGUAUUUUUAACCUAUUUGAAAACACUUAUUGUACUACUCAUCAACAACAAGGAAAGUUUCUG